GAUAUCACAUGGGAUGAGACGGAUCAUGAACGAGUAAUGUCACUCAGCAGAACUUUUAAAAAAGAUGAACUUCUUGACAUGGAUUUUCAAGCUUAUUUGGCUUCGUCUAGUGAAGAAGAGGAAGAGCAGCAGCAAGGUGGUGAUGUAGUUCAUGAAAUGGAAGAUGACAAACCUAGGAAAAGCCAAAAAGAUGAUGAAGAGCAGAUUGCCAAGUAUAGAGAACUUUUGCAAAGUAUCCAAGAAAAAGAGAAAAAAGAGGAAGAAAAGGAUAUAGGAAUGGAGAUUAAAUGGGUUCCAGGCCUCAAAGAAACUGCUGAAGAAAUGGUCAAAAACAGGUUGGAAGGAAAGGAUAACCUAACUCCAUGGCAAAAAUACCUAGAAAAGAAGAAAGAAAAAAGAAUUCUUAAAAAAAAGAGAAAGGCUACUGCUGAGAGAGAACAGAGUGAAGAUGAACUUCCACCUGAUGUUGAUCUCAAUGACCCAUAUUUCGCUGAAGAACUUGAGAAAACAGGUUUAAAGAAGAAGCCAGAAUCGGUUGAAAGUACCUCAGAAGAUGACGAUGAAGUUGAAAAACAGAAGGCUGAAAUGGCCCUGCUUAUGAUGGAUGAUGAGGAUGACGCCAGAAGACAUUUUAAUUAUAAAAAGAUUGUAGAACAACAGAAUUUGAGCAAGAGGAAAAAGAAACUUUUAAUGAAAAAGAAAGAAUUACUAGAAGAUGACUUCCAGGUAAAUGUUGCUGAUACAAGAUUCCAAGCCAUGUUUACUUCUCCCCUGUUUAAUUUGGAUCCUUCAGAUCCAAAUUUCAAGAAGACAAAAGCAGUAGAAAAGAUCUUGGAAGAGAAAGCUCGCCGAAGAGAAGAAAAGGAGCAAGAUCUUAAGGAGGCAAGCAAGGAGCAGGAGAACAAGACAGCAAAGAAAGAAGUUGCUAAGAAAGCCAUAGAUCCUGCCUUGUCAAUGCUAAUAAAAUCUGUCAAAAAUAAAACCGAAGAGUUUCAGGCAAGGAAAAAGCAGAAAUUCAAAUAACUGAACUUUGUUUUUACUCAGAUUUUACUUUAGUCUCAGUUCUUCUAACUGGCAACAUCUAGUAAAGUUGCUACAGCCUGCUCUGAUUCCUGUUCACCUACAAUUUUCCAGAAAAUCACCUAAUUCUGGUGGUGAGUUUUGAAGUAAAUAGAAUAAUAAUCAUUCUUUCCUUCUGCCACAGCAAAUACUGUUUUGUACUAUUAUUGAAAAACUACAC